CGCCUGCAGAGACCUGAGCCAGCCACCGGACAAAGGGCGGAGGAGGGGCCGGACGGCGCAGCGAAGUCCGAAAGAGGCCAUUUAGCGACUCUGGCCAGGCCAAGGGGAAUGCAGAGGAGACACAGGGCCGGCGGGCCAAGAGGACGAUCCGGCCGCAACACGCAGGGCGGGCGGCGAUGGAGGCUGUCCGCGCCCUGCGCUUCCUGCUCGUCGUGUGCGGCUGCCUCGCGCUCCCGCCGCGGGCCGAGCCCGUGUGCCCAGAGCGCUGCGACUGCCAGCACCCCCAGCACCUCCUGUGCACCAACAGGGGGCUCCGCGCCGUGCCCAAGAUCAGCCCGCUGCCGAGCCCCCAGGACGUGUUCACUUACAGCCUCGGUGGCAACUUCAUAACCAACAUCACGGCCUUCGACUUCCACCGCCUGGGGCAGCUCAGACGGCUGGACCUGCAGUACAACCAGAUCCGCUCCGUGCACCCCAAGACCUUCGAGAAACUCUCGCGGCUGGAGGAGCUCUACCUGGGGAACAACCUCUUGCAGGCCCUCGCCCCAGGCACGCUGGCCCCGCUGCGCAAGCUGCGCAUCCUCUACGCCAAUGGCAACGAGAUCGGCCGCCUAAGCCGCGGCUCCUUCGAGGGCCUGGAGAGUCUGGUCAAGCUGCGGCUGGACGGGAACGCCCUGGCGGCGCUGCCGGACGCUGUCUUCGCCCCCUUGGGCAACCUGCUCUACCUACAUCUGGAAUCCAACCGGAUCCGCUUUCUGGGCAAGAACGCCUUCGCCCAGCUGGGCAAGCUGCGCUUCCUCAACCUCUCUGCCAACGAGCUGCAGCCCUCCCUGCGACACCCGGCCACCUUCGCCCCGCUGCGCUCCCUCUCCACCCUCAUCCUUUCGGCCAACAGCUUGCAGCAGCUGGGGCCGCGCGUCUUCCAGCACCUGCCGCGCCUCGGCCUGCUCUCGCUCAGGGGCAACCAGCUUACUCACCUCGCGCCAGAGGCCUUUUGGGGGUUAGAGGCCUUGCGCGAGCUGCGUCUGGAGGGCAACCGGCUGAGCCAGCUGCCCGCGGUGUUGCUGGAGCCUCUUCACAGCCUGGAGGCGCUGGACCUGAGCGGCAACGAACUGUCCGCUCUGCACCCCGCCACCUUUGGCCACCUGGGCCGACUGCGCGAGCUCAGUCUGCGUGACAAUGCGCUCAGCGCCCUCUCCGGGGACAUUUUCGCCGCCAGCCCGGCCCUCUAUCGGCUGGAUCUAGAUGGCAACGGCUGGACCUGCGACUGCCGGCUGCGGGGCCUGAAGCGCUGGAUGGGCGACUGGCACUCGCAGGGCCGGCUCCUCACCGUCUUCGUGCAGUGUCGCCACCCUCCGGCCCUGCGGGGCAAGUACCUGGAUUACCUGGAUGACCAGCAGCUGCAGAACGGGUCUUGCGCGGAUCCCUCGUCCUCGCCUUCCCCUACCGCCAACAGCAGGCGCUGGCCCCUACCCACAGCCGCGGGAGAAGAGAUGACGCCCCCUGCAGGUGGGAUUGCGGAGGAGCUACCGCCGCAGCCGCAGCCGCAGCAGCGGAGGCGAUUUCUAGCUGGGGUGGCCUGGGAUGGGGCCGCCAGGGAGCUCGUGAGCAACCGCAGCGCCCUAAGGCUGAGCAGGCGGGGCCCAGGCCUCCAGCAGCCGGGCCCCUCCGUCGCUGCUGCAGUGGGCCCAGCUCCACAUCCCCUGGACUUGCAGGAGAAUCCGGAGCGGGGACGUCCGACCCAGGGCAAUCCCGCCCAUGGGAGCCUGUGCAACCUGACGGUGGAGGCGGUGGGCGCCGAUAGCGCCUCGGUGCGCUGGGCCGUGCGCGAGCACCGCAGCCCCCGGCCUCUGGGCGGCGCGCGCUUCCGCCUGCUCUUCGACCGCUUUGGUCAGCAGCCCAAGUUCCACCGCUUCGUCUACCUGCCUGAGCGCAGCGACUCGGCCACGCUGCGCGAGCUGCGCGGAGACACGCCCUACCUGGUGUGCGUGGAGGGCGUGCUCGGGGGCCGCGUCUGCCCGGUGGCUCCCCGGGACCACUGCGCGGGGCUGGUCACCCUCCCCGAGGCGAGCAGCCGGGGCGGCGUCGACUACCAGCUGCUGACCUUGGCCCUGCUGGCAGUCAACGCGCUGCUGGUGCUCCUGGCCUUGGCGGCGUGGGCGUCUCGCUGGCUGCGGAGGAAGCUGCGGGCCCGGCGGAAGGGCGGGGCCCCGGUCCACGUUCGCCACAUGUACUCCACCCGACGGCCCCUGCGCUCCAUGGGCACCGGCGUGUCGGCCGACUUCUCGGGAUUCCAGUCGCGCCGGCCGCGCACCGCCGUGUGCGCGCUCAGCGAGGCGGACCUCAUUGAGUUCCCCUGCGAUCGCUUCGUGGACAGCGUGGGCGGCGGCGCGGGCGGCAGCUUGAGGCGGGAGGACCAUCUCUUGCAGAGAUUUGCCGACUAGGUCCAGAGCGUCCAAGCGUGUGGAGACCGUCUCGUUGGCCUUGAGGAGCCACCUCUCCGUGGGCCCCCCAACCCACCUCAGGGGAAGACCCUGUUUUAUCAGACCUUCUUCUUUCCCCCUUCUGUGCACUUGCCGGAGAGGCCAAAGGGGACAGUGGUCCAAAUCGGGCACCACCCCCAAAUUCCCAGGACUCACUCGUGAAGUAAAUGGAUGGUACUCGGUGGUCAAGGCCAAGAGUAGGGGGCAAAUGCGUGGUGGGAUGCAGAGGUGGAAGGCCUUCUUCUCUCGGAGGCCUUGGCACAGCUCUGGGAAUAGCUUCUGUAGUACCGCAAUGGCUGGCCUCUUUUGGGUAGAAAACGUCUCCAGCAUGGCCAGAAAGAGAUUUGGAUGCAUGCUUUUUGUUUGCUCGGUGUCAAACCAGAGGAGUUUUGUUUCUAUUUAAGGAAAAAGGAACCUAUUACACUACAAAGGAGGCUUGGCAACUGACUGCACUGGCCUGGUGGUCUCUGCCAGGAAAGGCGAUGGAAACAGGUGGUAGUUUAACACCCCCACCAAGGAACUCAUCUCUGUUGACUGAUAGAGCAUUCAGAAUACCUUAAAGUUAAAUAAUAGGAGACGCUGGGUUUUUUUCCUUUCUUCUUUUCAACAAUGUGAAGAGCUCUGACAUU